AUGAGUGCUGCAAUUGCAAUGGCUCCCUCUCCCGCUCCUCACGAAAGGUUCUCUAAUCCCGAACUGCCCACUUCUUCCACAUCGGCUGCUGCCGUAGGCACUUCUCCAUCAGCACAGCGCUCCGCCCUCAACCUUUCAACAUCGCAUGCGACAAAUCAAUCGUCAACCAGUAGCAGUCCUAAAGCUACUGGCCAGGGUGCCAAGUCAUCACCCUCCAGCGCCUCUCGUUCAGCUGGCGCACCCCCUAGAAUUAUUGUCAAGAAGGAGCCUGCCUCUCCCAGUAUGACCAACACACGACCUCGACCACGCAAACUCGACUUGUCCAAGAACACACCCAAAUCUAACCAGCCGGCCUCGGCACGACCUAUGACUGCGCGCGACGGCCUUGCUAUCCAAGAAGUUGGUAUCGCCUGCCUGUCCCCUGGCUUUGUCACCCAAGAUCCUGUUAUGAAGGAGCAGUUGCAGCGCAGCCUGUCAGUUCGAGAACAACAGCGACACAUUAUUGAAGCAAGACUUCACCAACAAUCCGCUAAAGGAGACGGGCCUGACAAAGAUUCUUUGGACCAAUUUGCCGCAAAGACGCCUGGCAUGUCGAGACGAAACAAGGCCCCUCCCGGCCUCUCUAUCGUCGCUCCCUCCCAUGAGCAAUUUGCCAACGAGAGAGUAAUCCAGUCUGCCCCCCUCGGCCACAGCUUCACUGGACGACAAAACCCAGCUCCCAUGACCCGUCACAUCGCCAACCAGCCAUCUAACCUGUCGAGUACUUCACAUAUCCACCACAUUCCUGCUAACCAGACCGCCAACCGAUUGCCACCCAUCAGUGAUGUUUUUGGUCAAGGCCUAUCAGCGCACCCUGACAAUGCUCCUCAGUCUCUUUAUCCUAGUGGCCAUAAUUCUCGAGGACCCAUGGCCUCUCCUGGUCACCCUCCGCCUCCCCAGGCCCCAACUCCUGGUCGUGGUCGUGAGUACAGGUCUGCCGAAGAAGCACAGCAGGAACUUGCUGGUGGUCGACCGGAGCUUCUUCCUAAGCUGGUUCACUAUGGUGGACACCAGCCCCCAACGCCUCCCUCUCCAGCUCCUGGCAGUCGACCUGUCGACGCAUCGCGAAGUACUAGCAGGCGAAGGACCCGAGCUGAAUAUGAGGACGGUAGCCCACCUUUAGGCUACGGCCCCGCUGCCCAACGCCGUGGACCUUUUGGUGCUGGACGCGACAGCCCAGAAACUCAGCGAGCCAAGAAGGAGGAGUUCAUCCGAUUAUGUGACCGGGCUUGGGAUCUGUUCCAUUCAUAG